AUGUAAAGAAUUCAUAAUUUCUUUAAAUUCUCAAAAAAUAUCUGUUUUUAUGUUCAAAGUGAAAUCAAUCCACAAAUUAAACUUACUAUAAAUGCAAUAGAAGGUGAAAUUUUAGCAAAGGAAUUAAAAAGACAUAAAGUACCAUUACCUUUUGAGUGUGGAUUUUCAUGUUCAUGUUCUACUUGUUCAGUUUUAUUAGCUAAUUCUAAUGAUUUUAAUAAUAUUUAGAUUGCUUAACCUCAAAGUUAAGAAGAAAUCAAUGUAUUGACAACUGAAGGAAAGGGUGGAAGGUAUUUAUUAAUAGAAAUAAUUUAAGAGUUCGUCUAUCUUGUUAAAUUAAUGUAUGUAAAGAAUUAGAAGGUGUUACAUUAUUAAUUUGA